AAAAGUGUAGUUAAGAACACAAGCGUGGCUGGUCGCAAUCAAGCUACAUCGCGUUUGAAUGAAAAUAACUUUUCUGCCGCCGGAUAUUUCGCUGAAUCAAAGUUUAACUAACGCCUAGCUUGGUACCUAAUAAUGUGAACUGCAUUUGUGGACGAGGAGAUGUGCUGUAGUCCUCUAAUGAAAGGUUUGUUCACAUCCGCGGUUGUGCCACUAAACCAAAUCAGUGACCAAAUGUCAUACAUGUAGGCACGCGCAGAACGCGCAUCACAGAGACGCGCUCGCACGAGCGUCUUCAUUUUCUUUGCUAGUCCGCGUGCGACGAAUGGUUGGCGAAUGACCUGUAAGCAUGGAUCUCUUGCCGAAGGCGUCUUCUGAAUUCGCCAGUGAAAAAUACUGGAACGAGUUCUUCAAUAAGCGAGGAAAGGAGACUUUUGAAUGGUAUGGAGAGCUGUGGCAACAUGCAACUGCAGUAUUCAAGUACUUGAAGGAUCCAAAUGACCAGAUCCUAAUCAUUGGCUGUGGAAACUCUACUUUGAGCACAGACCUCUAUGACUGCACUUCUUGCAAAAAUAUCACCAGCAUUGAUAUAAGUGAAGUGGUGAUCCGGCAGAUGAAUGAUAAAUGUGGCUCAUUGCGACCACAGAUGAGAUUUCUCCAAAUGGAUGCUGCCCAGAUGGACUUCAAGGAUGAGGAAUUCACUGUAAUUUUGGACAAAGGAUUAGUGGAUGCACUGACUCCAGACAAGGAUUGCCCUGCAAAACUGUACGCAGUGCUCAAAGAAGUGUCCAGGGUUCUCAGAGUUGGGGGCCGGUUUUUGUGUAUAUCUUUGUUGCAGAGUCACGUCUUGCAAGCUUUGCUCAAGUGGUUCUCCUCUGAUCCAGCUUGGACUUGGGUCAUUAGGUUCCACCGCUCUGAGGAUGCAGAACCUCAAGAUUCAUCAAGGCUAGUGCUGCCAAUCUUCGUGGUGGUCUUCAUAAAACUCAAACGGUUGCUGGGGCUUGAAACAGUGACCGAGAUGGCCUUUGACCCUCAAUCAAAACCAAAACGUGUUCCUGCUUCUACUCUAUGCGAGGAAGUUGCUUCUUUGCAGCAGUAUGCAUUUCUUCGACUUGACAUUUCCAGAAGGAAACUUCAAAAAGGAGAAGAUGUCAGUCUGAACCUCUUUGUAUCAUGGAGUGACGUACCUCGCUACCGUCUCUUUGUCUGCGAUCUACAGGUUCCAAGUCAAACACAGCUAAGGUUUGCCAUCUUCAUUGUACCCCAGGGCAGGGAAUCAGAGUGGAUGUUCAGCACUCCAGAGGGCCGGGAGCAGCUGACUGAAGAAUGCCAAGCUGAACGUGUGAUUGUAGUUCAUUUAUGUCGGGAACAAAAUUACCUGUGCCUGGAUCAAGUCAAGAAGGAGCUAUCCUCUAAGGUCAUGGAGCUUGCCCCGGCUUCAUACGUACCAGGGCAGAUGGUUCCAUUCAUGACAACAGGUGAAGAUGUGGGCAACCGUCAGAUUCGGCACCGAGGAUGUAGUGUAAUAAGUGGUCACUAUGUUGUUGAAGAUGUUACUUUGCCAAAAGGCAUAGUUGUGAGGCGCCUGAUAUUUCUUGAUAAGCCGCAUGUCAUUCAGACAGAAGCCAGGAUUAAAUCGGUUAAGCAGAAAGGACAGAAGGGUAAAGUCUGGGAGGUUGUCAAGGAUGACCUCCGGAGUGAAUACUACAAGUACAUGGUUGCUGGACUUGCCUUUAUUAUGCCAAAAGGAACUGAGGAGCCAGCCAAUGCAUUGAUAGUUGGACUAGGGGGUGGUACGCUACCACUUUUUCUGGUAACAAAGUUCCCAAAGCUGGAACUGACUAUUGUCGAGUUAGACCCUGAAGUGUUAUAUGUUGCCAGGAAGUGGUACUUUCAACAGCAGGACUACCCCAUGGAAAUUUUUGUGGAAGAUGGACUGAGUGCCUUCGAAAGAUUUGCCAAGGAAGGCAGAAGAUUUGACAUUGUGUUCCUUGAUGUGGACAGUAAGGACUUGUCAGAGGGGCUGACCUGUCCACCAGCAGCAUUCUUGACUGAAAAGACAUUGAAACAACUAGCAGCCAUCUCCAAUGGUCCGGUGGUGAUGAAUUUUGUUUGCCGAAAUGUGGCACUCAAGAAAGAAACGUACGAAAGGCUGAAGAGUGCUUUUCGUGUAGUUUACUUCCGGACAAUAGUGGACCAUGUUAAUGAGGUGCUUUACUUGUCCAAUGCUGAAUGUGACACCACAGUGAAUUCACUCCUCGAGAACGUGGAACAACUCAGGACCACCAUGGAUUCUACCAGCUGUGUCAACAUAGCUGAGCUCAUGGAUGGAUUAACACUUGUGUAAAAUUCCAUGGAAUUAAAUUUCAUUUGUUGCCUGGUCGGACAAAA